AUGGAUGCGCUGGUGAACAAGCCCCUGAGAAGGCCGAAUGAUGACUAUGUAUUAGAUCCGCAUUGGGAUUUUGGCGCCCCCAGUCAGAUCCGUUACUACAAUUGGACUAUUGUUGAUAAGGAUGGCAACCCCGACGGUGUUUUCAAGCCCAUGAUGACGAUCGACGGUCAGUUCCCUGGUCCUCUGAUAGAGGUCAACGAAGGUGAUACCAUUGUCGUCGACGUAUUGAAUCUUGCCACGAACGCUACAUCCAUCCACUGGCAUGGCAUAUUCCAGAAUGGUACCAACUUUAUGGAUGGUACUUCAGGAGUUACUCAGUGUCCCAUUGCUCCUGGUUAUUCGUUCCGGUACAACUUCACCUUAACAGGUCAAGCUGGUACAUAUUUCUACCAUGGCCAUCAAGGAGUGCAGUCUCUCGACGGACUGGUUGGCCCACUCGUAAUCCACGAUCGGGACGCCGCAAACAAUCUCCCUCUUCGCUACGAAUCCGAUCGGGUGGUGCUGCUGCAAGACUGGUACUACGAUCCUGGCAGUGGAUUACUGCGCGACUCAUUAUCUCCGGGAAACGAGGCCGCCCCUGUUCCCAAUGCAGCGCUCAUUAAUGGUUUGAACCAAGUGGAUUGUAGUCUUCAUCCUGGGCGGCGCUGUGUCAGGGACGGCACUGCUCUACCUGUCCUGAAUUUAAAUCCGGGUGCCAACCACCGUCUUCGCUUCGCCAACGUUGGAGGAUUUGCUUGGUUUCAAGUAUCUGUGGACGAGCAUUCAAGUUUGCCCAUUGUAGAGGUUGACGGUACCACGAUCGAGCCAGCCGCAGAAUCAGUUAUUAUACUCUCUCCUGGUCAGCGGUACAGUGUUAUUUUGACUGCCAACCAAGCGACACAAAACAACUACUGGCUUCGAGCUAGGAUGAUAAAGGCAUGCUUCGGCGAGCCAAACAUGCCGGAGGACGGAGUCGACGAGGCCAAGGCCAUCGUCCAAUAUUCUGCGCCUUCGAAGUUACUGGGUAGCCAGUCUGACACGUCUGGACUCCCAACGACCAACGAUACCAACAUCAACUACAUCAAGACCUGUAAAGACAUGACUUCAAGGAGUACAUACCGGCCAACUCCACCUCAACCGGCGCCGGAGUACGCAGACCACUCCUGGUACCUCAGAAUUAACCUAGCCAUUGGCGACUGGAGGUUGCAACGUGGUGUUAUCAACCAAUCAUCUUUCCGCCCCAAUCUGCAAGAACCUACCCUCCACCGAUUUCUCGAUGGCUUUGCAUCCUCAAAUUUUUCAUUCAAUGGAGAAGGUAUCAAUACCGCCGCUUUUGCCCCCUCAGAACUGGUGAUCUCAAACAAAGGAGUUGAGACUGUUGACGUUAUUCUCCAGAACAUGGAUGAAGGAAGCCACCCGUUUCAUCUACACGGCACACAAAUGUGGAUUCUCGGCGCCGGUCAUGGGUAUUUCCCGGGGUAUAAGGCCUUGGGACUCAAGCCUCAGGGAAUGGGGCUCCUCGACCCGAAUAACUCGACCGUUAUCGACAACCCCUUGAAGCGGGAUACCGCAACGGCGGAAGGGUUCGGGUGGGUGCUGCUCCGCUUCGUAGCCGAUAAUCCAGGGGUAUGGUUAUUUCACUGCCAUAUGAUUUGGCAUAGUGAAGCCGGGAUGGCGAUGCAGUUCGCCUCGAGGCUAGAGGACAUGAAAAGUUGGGCAUUACCGGAAGAAAAUAGACGGUUAUGCGGUGCUGAUCGAGAGGAGUUAUACAAGGGCGCACCACCGAGUGACGACAUUUUUUUUGGAUUCCAUAACGAUGACAGAUGA